AGCGCAACCCGAGUCCUUUCUCGGGGUCGAACACCUCGCUUGCGUCGAAGGAGACGCCGAGAAGAGGCAGAUAAGAGAGGAGGCAAUGAGUAUAGUUCCGAAGGAGACGAUCGCGGUGAUUGCGCAAAGCAUCGGCAUCGCCAACCUCUCCUCCGAUGUUGCCCUCGCCCUCGCCCCCGACGUCGAAUACCGCCUCCGUGAGAUCAUGCAGGAGGCGAUCAAGUGCAUGCGCCACUCAAAGAGGACAGUCUUGACGGCGGAGGAUGUGAACAGCGCGCUUAGUCUGAGGAACGUCGAGCCUAUUUAUGGAUUUGCAUCUGGGGAUCCUUUGCGGUUCAAAAGGGCUGUAGGGCACAAGGAUCUUUUCUAUAUUGAUGACAGAGAUGUAGAUUUCAAGGAGGUCAUUGAUGCACCCUUACCCAAAGCACCACUUGAUACUGCUGUUGUGGCUCACUGGCUUGCUAUUGAAGGGGUCCAACCUGCGAUUCCAGAAAAUGCUCCCGUUGAAGCAAUUGUAGCCCCGUCAGAAAACAAAAAGUCUGAGAACAACAAGGAAGACGGGCUUCUUGUUGAUCUUAAACUUCCUGUUAAGCACGUACUAUCUAGAGAACUCCAGCUCUACUUUGACAAAAUCACUGAGCUUACAGUGACUAGGCCUGAGUCCAUCCUUUGCAAAGAAGCAUUAGUGAGUUUAGCAGUGGAUUCAGGAAUUCAUCCAUUAGUUCCAUACUUUUCAUACUUCAUUGCAGACGAGGUUGCCCGAAGCUUAAAUGAUCUUCCUAUCUUGUUUGCUUUAAUGCGUGUGGUCCGGAGCCUUCUCCAAAAUCCACACAUUCACAUAGAGCCAUAUUUACAUCAGCUGAUGCCAUCGAUUAUAACAUGUGUUGUUGCCAAAAGGUUGGGGAGUAAAAUAACAGAUAAUCACUGGGAACUGAGAGACUUCUCAGCAAAUCUAGCUGCAUCAGUAUGCAAAAGAUAUGGUCAUGUGUAUCACAAUCUGCAGUCCCGGUUGACAAAAACGCUGAUCAAUGCUUUUCUGGAUCCAUCUAAAGCACUGACACAACAUUAUGGUGCCAUUCAAGGGCUUGCUGCAUUGGGAACUAGUGUGGUACGUCUGCUAGUUCUGCCUAACCUUGAGCCAUACCUGCAACUUCUACAUCCAGAGAUGCAACUGGAAAAGCAGAAGAAUGAGAUGAAAAGAAAAGAAGCUUGGCGAGUAUAUGGUGCCUUACUGCGUGCUGCAGGUAAAUGUUUGUAUGACCGGCUCAAGUUGUUCCCAGGUUUGUUAUCUCCUCCAAGACAUCCAGGUUGGAGGAUUAAUGGGAGAGUUGCAACUAGCCAUUCCAACAAGCGCAUGUCAAGCACCAACCUCUCAUCGCAGCAGCCACCAUUCAAGAAGGUUGCAGCUGAUGAACCUACAGGUGCAAUGCAACCCAUUGCCAUGACAGCCAACCUGCAGGGUGCACCGGAUGGAUUCCCUACACGGUCAUCUGGAAAGGGUGGCAGCGUGGCGCCGAAGGGAUCUGCUGUCUUGGCCCAGGCUUGGAAAGAGGAUCUGGAAGCGGGACGUCUUUUGGCAUCUCUAUUUCAGUUGUUUGGUGAAGGUGUAUUCUCAUUCAUUCAGCCAGUAGAGAUGUCUUUCUUUAUCUAGCCAGCAGUGGUGAGUCACAACGGGAGAGGUGUAUUCUCAUUCAUUCAGCCAGUAUAGAUGUCUUUCUUUAUCUAGCCUGCAGUGGUGAGGCACACCGGGAGAGUCUCCCGACAAGCUAAGGGAUGGUGGUGUAACUGAACCUUCUUAUCUUUGAAUGGUGUAAACAUAUUGACAUGGAAAUAGCUUUGCCACCCUUAAUAGAAGAUGAAAGUUGGGUUGCUUAUUA